AAUUAUUGUGUCUAUUUUAACUGAAGUAUGUUUUUCAGUAGCUUCCAUGUCAUCUGAGCAAAUGGUUCAAAAUAUAUCCUGAAGUGUCUAAUCACAUUGCCCACAAAGGCUGCACCGCCAGGCUGUCUGUCCUGCUCUACCAUCCCCUCCAUGACCCGCCCAUCCGCUGCUACUGCCGGAGCCUGGUCAGGUGUUCGUGGUACAGCCACCUCAACUUUUGCUUUUUGGAGAACUGAUUGGAUUUUCGUGUCCAGACAAACACAAUCAAGACCAUGCUCAGACGGAUACUACAAAUGACUCCUGGGAAAGGGGGCUCCCAGAACGCAGAGUCAGAGCAGCCCAGCACAGAUCUUAAUCAUGAUCAAACCUCUGAGGGCUUCAUUUGUCCUCAGUGCAUGAAGUCUCACAACUCUGCGGAGGAGCUUUUCAAGCACUAUGAGCUGUUCCAUGAUACUGGAGACCUUCCCGCUCAUGUGGCUCCAACGAGAGAAGACCUCACAAUGUUACGUCAGGAGGUUCAGGACCUGCAUGCCUCUCUCAAGGAAGAGAGAUGGUUCUCCGGAGAGCUCAAGAAGGAGUUAGAUAAAGUCCAAGGACAACUGAAGCAAAACGAUGGACAGCCAAGCUCAGACGAUUCAGCCCUAGAAAGGAAGUUGAAUGAAUCGGAGACAGAAAAGUUCAACAUCAAGCAGAUGAAAGACCUGUUUGAGCAGAAGGCUGCCCAGCUGGCCACAGAGAUAGUAGACUUAAAGUCCCGCUAUGAUGAGGAGAAAAGCUUAAAGGAGGCUGCUGACCAGAGGCUUGCCAAAUUGACUGAACAACUGGAGAAAGGGAAGCAAGAGAACGAGAGACUCCAAACAGAACUUCUGCAGCGACCGGGAGUGGAGGAUGUGGAGGUACUGAAGAAGGAGUUGGUGCAGGUGCAGACACUGAUGGACGAGAUGACGCGUGAGAGGGAGGCGGAGACUGAAAGCCUCAAGAACCACUACGAGCAGCUGCAGGCUAAUUACACUACCUCAGAGAUGACCAUAUCCCAACUGAAAGCGGAGCUGGAGAAGGGUCCGCAGGAAGCAGCUGUCUAUACGCAACAGAUCCACCAGUUGCAGAGCAAUCUGAAUAAUUUGCAACAGCAAAGCCAGAACCUGUCUGAAAAGCUAGCACGUAAGGAGAAAGAAUAUCAAGAACUGGAGGAGCAUCUGGGGACUGAGAAGGCUGCCAAGAAGGGAGUCCAAGACAACCUGAGGGAGAGGGAGCAGGAGGUCCAAGAGCUCCAAGCUCGGGCCAACGGGGCCGAGGUGUCCCUGCAGAAGGCCCAGACAGAGCUUGGAGAGAGGGCUGAGGAGGUGGCCAAGCUGAAGAGUGACAUUGUGGACCUGGAGGUGAAGCAUGCAGAGCUGAAGGUUGAGAGGAAACAGCUGGAGCAGCAGAGGGAAGAAAAAGAGAGCCACGGUGCUCAGCAGCAGACUGAGAUCAGUCAGCUGCAUGCCAAACUGCUGGAGGCAGAGAGGCAGCUGGGCGAGGUGCAAGGUCGUCUGAAAGAACAGAGGCAACUGUCUGGGGAGAAACUAAAAGACCGUGAGCAGCAAGCAGCCGACCUGCAGCUCAAGCUCUCUCGUGCUGAAGAACAGAUGAAGGAGAGCGGCAGUAAGAGCACAGACCUGCAGCACCAACUGGAGAAAGCCAAGCAGCAGCACCAGGAGCUGCAGGCGCUGCAGCAGAACACCAACGGCAAACUCCGUGAGGCGCAGAACGACUUGGAGCAGGUGUUGCGUCAGAUUGGAGAUAAGGACCAGAAGAUCCAGAACCUUGAGGCUCUGCUGCAGAAGAGCAAGGACAUUGUUGGCCAGCUGGAAACCGAGAGAGAGGACUUGUGUGCCAAGAUCCAGGCCGGGGAAGGAGAAACGGCUGUGCUCAAGCAGCUAAAAGAGAAAAACCAUGCGCUACAAGAACAGGUAACACAGUUGACAGACAAGCUGAAAAACCAGUCAGAGAGCAAUAAGCAAGCCCAGGAUAACCUACACGAACAGGUCCAGGAGCAGAAAACCUUGCUGCGUUCAGCACAGGACCGAGCCCACACCCUGGAGACUUCAGCCACUGAACUCACUGCCCAGCUCGCAGACAGCAAAGAGAAAGUAGCCCAGCUGGACUCUCAGCUGAAGGCAAAGACUGAGAUGUUGCUGUCUACGGAGGCGGCUAAAGCAGCGCAGAAGGCCAACCUGGAGAAUAACCUGGAGACUGCCCAGCAUGCACUGCAGGACAAGCAGCAGGAGCUGAAUAAAGUUCAGAAGAAAGUGGAGGAGAAGGCUCAGAGGCUCAAGGAGAGGCAGGAGCAGUGCACUCAGCUGGAAGCCAGUCUGAAGGAAUGCAAGGACAAACUACUGGCCUCAGAACAGCGUAUAGAGCUGCUGGAGGGGCUCAGUAAGAAAUUGGAGACACAGGUAGGGGAGUUGCAGGCCACACGGGACCAGGCACAGCAGGAAGUGCAGAAGCUGCAGAAGGAAGGGUCAAAGAUUAAGCAAAAAGCCAAGGAGCUGCAGCGCUCACUGGAGACCGAGAAAGCAGGGACUUCAACACUACAAGAAGAAUUAAAGCAGAAGGCAACUGCUUUCAGCGACACCCAGCAGCAGCUGGAGUGCUGCGAGCAGGAGAAAGCAGCUCUCAAGGUGAACCUCGACAAGGUGACCCAGGAGGGGAAGGCACAGCAUGCAGAGCUGGACAAGAAAGCUCAGAGCCUGGCUGCAGAAUUAGUAAAGGCCCAGCAGGAGAAGGAGACUCAAAAGAAGGAGCUUGCCUCCACUCAGGAGAAUCUAGGCAAGACGAGAAAGGCUCUGAAAGAGAGUCAGAGUCAACUAGACACUGAGAAGAAGAGCCGUAAGUCAGCCAUGGAGGAGAAGGAAAAGUCACACGAAAAGGCCAAACAGGAGCUUCUGAAGAAUAAUGAGGGCGUCACCAAGGCAAUGAACGAAUCUAAAGAACAGUUGGAGCAGAUGAGAGAGGCAGAGAAAAAGUUGAAAGCACAGCUGGCCUUACUGGUACAGCAGCAUUCAAAGACUCAAGAGGUGCUGAAAGAAAAGGAGAAGGACUUUGAGAAGCUGCAGGCACAACUUAAGACGGCCCAGGGGUCCUUUGAAGAAGAGAUGAAGAAACUGAGGGGCAAAGUGGCAGAGUUACAGGAAGUCAAUGUCAAGAAGGCAGAGGAUGAGAGCAAGCUGAGGGAGCAGGUGUCAGGGCUCGGUCAGGAGAUGGACUCUGAGAGGAGCCGGACAGCAGAGCUCCAGAAGACCUUAGAGCAAAGUCAGCAAAGCUUCACCAAGCUACAAUCUGACUUCUACGGCAAGGAGUCCGAGGUCUCUGCCCUGCGUCAAGACCUGAAAGUGUCAGAGGAGAAGUUAAGUUUGACCCAGGAGGAGCUGGCUGCUAACCGGACACAUCAGACAGGUUUGGAAGCUCAGAUCCAGGAACUGAAGGCAGGCCGGGGCUCUCUGGAGCAGGAGCUCACCAAACGGGAUCAGAGGCUCCAACAGCAGGAAAAAGCACUGAAGGAGCUGCAGAAGCAACAGGGCCUAGUUAAGGAGGAACUGGAAAAGGAGAGGACCAGUGUGGAGGACCUGAACAAAGCCAAGAGUGUCCUGGAAAAGAACAACACCAGACUGACUUCUGAGUUAAAGGAACUAACAGAAAGGAGUGACAAGGAGCUGGUUGAGUUGCGGGAAGCUAAACAGCUGUUGAUCCAGCAGAAACUGGAGCUACAGGGUCAGGUGGAGGCAGCCCAGGGUGCCCUUGAGCACGAACAGAAGGAGCACCAAGCCACCAGGGACAGCAGGAGGCAGAGAGAAGAGCAGCUCCAUGCCCAAACCAAGGAUGUCCAGGAUCAGCUGGCGGCAGAGAAGAGAGCCAGAGAAGAGCAAGUGAAGCACGGGGAGGAGGCGGAAGCUAAGAUGAGCGUUCAGGUGACGGCUCUGAAUGAAAAUGUGGCCACGCUGAAGAGAGAGUGGCAGGGCAGCCAGCGGCGGGUCAGUGAACUGGAGAAGCAGACGGAUGAGCUAAGAGGAGAGAUCGCUGUGCUGGAGGCCACCGUCCAGAACAACCAGGACGAGAGACGGGCUCUUUUGGAAAGGUGUGUAAAGGGUGAAGGUGAGCUAGAGAAACUGCAGGCCAAGGUGGUGGAACUGAGGCGGAAGCACGAUGACACGACGGCAGCCAUGCAGGAGCUGGGCAGAGAGAACCAGUCGCUCCAGAUCAAGCAGUCACAGUCUCUCACCAGGAAGUGGGCCGAGGAUCACGAGGUGCAGAACUGUAUGGCUUGUGGGAAAGGCUUUACUGUCACUGUCAGGAAGCACCAUUGCAGACAUUGCGGAAACAUUUUCUGCAACGAGUGUUCGGCGAAGAACGCCUUCACGCCGUCCUCGAAAAAGCCAGUCCGGGUGUGUGAGACGUGCUUUGAGGAGCUCCAAGGCUGAUUUCCCUCUCAUUCCCUUACCUCCCUCCUAACACCCCCUCACCCCUCUCUUCCCCUCCCCGUAUCUACUCCAGCGGACAGAAGAAGGCGCGUCUUUGUCGCAUUUAACGUGCACUAUAAAGGACAGACCCAGUGCAAAGACACCCCACCUGCAUGUGACUUGUGGCUCUGGCGUGGAGGAGUUUCACAUGAAGCUUGCCACCCUGCUACAUAAAGGGUUUUAUUGAAGAGACAGCAGAGCCACGUCAUGGGAUAGAGUGGGGUUUGGUUGGGGAUUGUCUGUAUCUGUUUUUGUGCCUUUGCUACUCCUGUGGACUGCCAGAGAGCGAGACAGAGAGAACUAAACACCAUCCAUCUCUUUUUAAGUUCAUAUUCACAUCCGCGUUGUUGUUGUUUCGUCAUCAUUGGCAACGGCAAAGGUGGCUGCUUUGUGAGUUUGUAAACUGUUUGGCAUCAGUUGUCAGGAGGUGUAAAGUCAGUGUGACACUGCAAAAGUAACUGGGAGGGAAGUAAAUAUUGUAAUAGUGAUGUUGAAAAUCACUACUGACCCACAAAGGUACAUGCCAGUAACUCUUUUCUCAAAAAAAAUCUGUAAAUGUUAAUCAACACAUUUUUUGUAGCAAGGAAGUUAAAAUCAAGUGAUCAGCAAAUGCAAACAUAUUUUUUAAAUAAUCAAUUUAACUGGCAUACUGUGAUUAAUAAGUGUUAUACAGUCUUUGCAUAUGAAUACUAAGGUGUGUUUAGGGUAUACUUUUGAGGAACUUGGCCUCAUUAUCUGUGCAUAAUCUGAAUUUCAUGCUGUUAAUAGUUCAUUUGGGCUGCCAGUCUCAGUUUGUGGGCAGGAUUUCGUUGAUAUAUAAAAUAGAGAUUUUAAUUUCACAUGAGUAAAAAGGGCACUAGACCCUGUGUAAAGCUAAAGGAAGUAACUACAACUUGAGAUUUUACACGGUCAGACGUAAUUUUUGGGGGGAUUAUAAAUUACCAAUAUUAUCACACUGAUGAAAACAAUACAGCAACCGUUUUGUGCACCAGCCAUGUUCUGUACAGGUCUUAAAUUAAUGUGUGAUGCCAAAUCAGUUACUGCAUGUUGCCUUCGUGCGGCAGAGUGUUUUUGUGUAUCUGUUGAAAUUAAUGUAUUCAGCCUAUUUCAUGACCAAAGAAUGUCUGCAGCAGGAAUACAAGCGAGAGAGAAAGCCCCGACUUUAUUUCAUAUUUCAGUGUUUUUUGAAGCGUCUCCUUUUGAAAGGAAGGCUUUUGAGUUUUUAAACCACAGGGUUCAACAUUUGAAUCUUGAACACAGCACGUACGACGAUCUGAGAGGCUUUUUAUUUCAAAUGUACAGUCGGAUGUUUUUUGCUGUGCCUCAUUUUUCUUGACGUGUUAAUUUCUGCAAAAUCGUGGUGCUUUCUGCAGACUGGCGAUGCAGUCGUUGAAGUUGCCUGUGUGUUCAUUUUUUAAAUUUAAAAAUUUUUUUUUCCUGCUGCUUGUCUCCACUCAACAGCACUGACUACUGCUGGAGCUGUGCGUGUGCUCUGCUUUGAAGCAAUAACUGUGGCUGCGUGUGAUGUUGCUGUAACAAGAAUGUGUGUUUUAGUGUGUGUACGGCCUGCUGUGUUUGUCUGCCCGAGAUGCACUGUACGAAUGUUGGCUGCUCAGAACCUCAGUAUCUCUCUGGCAUGUUAUUUGGGGGAUGACGGUGCUGAUGUCAGGUGCUGUCAGUUCUCUGUUCAACCUGUCUGCAGCUGAGAACACUGUAAAAGUUUAAUUCCUCCUUUGUAUAAUUUAUAAUUGCUGUCAAGUUGCCAGAUAUCGGAAAGAUCUUUUGUGCAAUUGUCUUAAGACUGGAGCAGGCUAUAACACUGUAAGCCAGGAGACAACGUUUGCAACAUGAAGUUAUUUUUUCAGACUUAUAAAAUGAGCUCUUUAUGCUUGUAUGCUCAUUGCAAAAGAAUGUCCAUCUCAGUUGCAAAAGCUCUCGACACCACCUGUUUCUUUUUGCGUUGCAUUGGUUUUGUUAUGUCUACCUCAGAUUGGCACAGGAAAAGCACUAUUUCUAAACUUUAGAGAUCACAUAUGUUGUGUCAUUGCCUGGAUUUGGUUAAAGAUUUGUGAUUUAUCAAGUUGUACAGACCCUAAAACCUAGAGAGAUGAUUUGCACCUUAUUGUAUUCUGGGCUUGUCCAUACGAGAACCCAGCCACAAAUGUAGGACCACCACCUUUAUACAGGCUUCAGCAUUUCUAGCCCCGAUGUACUAAACUGCUCAUUAAUACUAAGGCUGUCAUAAUUAUCUUUGUAAAUGUUUGCAAUGAAAGAAAAAGGAAAUAUAUAACACUUGUGGAUGUAGAAACAUGACAACAGUGAAACUGUGUGUGGAUUCAUCGGUCUUAAUUCAUUUUUACAAAAUGGCACCACAGACCUGUACACACUGAAUUGUGGCUUGCUUCGUGUUGCUGUCAGUUAUCGUGCAUGAUGACUCAACCGGCAUGUGGCUUGCACAUUUUCUUCAUUCGACAUAUUCAGUGGUUGUGAAGGUGUGCCUUAGGCCAACGUCUUGCUUGUAAGUCACUGCUCACUGUUAGCAGCGAGCAGCGACACACACCAUGCACUGUCAGGGUGACCUCAGUCCACCUGAAGGGACGACAUAAAAAUGGCAUUUAUGUUCACAUGCACCAGUUGAUUUUAUUUUUUUAAAUUUUUUUUUUUGUAAUUCAGCAUCAUGACGAACCUAAAUAAAACCGACAGUAUGUUUCUAUUUUCUUGGUGUUAUUUUUGUUUACAGACAUGAAAAACGACUCACCCAGGAAAGUUUAUGAA